GACCAGGGCAGAAUAGCGCGCGGGCGGUGGACUCGUCCUGCGGUAAAAAGGAGAGACUUCCCUUGCGUGAAACUGACGAUGCGAACGUGCGUUCGCGUCUUUUCGUAGAGCGAGCUUCGGUGGGCUCGCGAGAAACGCAAAACGUCAGUGCUAAGUGCUUCUCGAGGAGAAAAGCUGGGUUCUAACGUGCCACGCGUCGAGUUUGCGAAAUGUUGCGGCGACGCCAAGAGUUUUACGCGCGUUGAAUCCUGCAAGAUGUAGAAAAGACAGCCGGUGUCGGCAAGAAAUACAACUAAACUCGCGGCUCUUGGUGGCUGAGACUAUCUGAGAAACCCGCCCCGAUUGAUGGAGCUGUCUCUUUUAAGGUAAUUUCCGUUCUCCAUCCAGAAACACGCGUCGCGCAGGCCUUGUCGAGGAGUUUCGACUUACAUAAGGGCCUAAAACAAAUAUACGACUUGAUUUCAAGAUUUUUACUCGGCGUAUCUUAUCAGAAUGUCAGACAACUCGUGAACGAACCGGCAUCCUCGCGAACGUUGGCGCAAAAUAUCAAGAAUCUCCAACUGAUUUAUAGACUCUUGCAGCUCUUAAAUCAUCGUACUCGACUCUACUUCAACCCGAGCGAAUACAAAUAGCGCGUUCGACGCAGUAGACCAGCUACGCACUUUCGCCCGCAUAAGAUGAACAAACGCGAGUAGAGGGACGAUCGAUUGGCGACCGGUCGAGUGAUCAAUCCAACCAACCGGAGCAAGAUGCCGAAACCAGUCCCGGUGGAGAACCUGGUGAUACCGCCGCAGGAUGGCCGCAUCUGCGGCACGAUUUGCAUCUGCCAGAUGACGAUGGUGCUGUCGUCGGUCGCGCUGGUGUACCUCACGGUCGCGAUCUACAUGCCCUGGGGACGGGCGUCCCAAUCGGGCAUCAGCGAGGUGCCAGCGAUGUGCACGACGAUUCGCGCGGUGAACGCCGACAAUUGCGAUUGGGGCAGCUGCGGCGAGUGGUGCCUGUCCAAGACGUCCGGGCCGUGCGCGCAGAUCCACGUGAACUUGCGUAGGAACGGCUCGACGAUCCUACUGGCGAACUGUACGAACACGACCAACAAAACGUGCUACGGCAUCGAUCAGGAGAACGCGAAGCGUUCCAAGUGCAUCGCGGACGAGUGCCGCAAUCUCACCGGCACCUUCAACUGCUCCGGGGGCACCUGCAUCAACAUCACCGACGCCUUCGAGUGCAUGUUCCACGACACGGAUCCGCCCCUCAAGUGUUCCGGUCGUCGCGGGAAGAUCACCUGCAUCGACAUAGACGGUUUGUUCAACUGUAAUCGCGGCACCUGCGAGCGCAUACGUACCCCGUACAACUGCGAUCGCAGGUGCGUCGACAUCCCGACCAGGAACAAGAAUAUGAUCCUCAUGAGCGGCGACAAGGUGUACCUGAGCCAGUGCGAGCGAGCGAUAGACGUGGAGACGAAUCGGGAGAUCUGGCACGAGGAUCGGGGCGACGUCAUGAUGGCGUCUUGCUACGGGAUCUUCAACUCCACGAUGGGCGUGGAGGCGGUGGAUUGCAUCAACGGUUCCGUGCUGGAGAAGGACCUGCUGACCGACCUGACCAACUUCACGUAUCUGUCCUACCUGUUUUUAUACGCCACGAAACCCCUCGACAAGCAGGUCGCGCCACCGGAGCAGAGCCUGAUCAUCGCCAACGAGAGCCGGCUGCUCAUCAAUCUCGAGGGAUGCGUCAACACACUUCGGGACGAGUGCAAGGACUUCCUUCACAAGUACGGGAAGGACGGAUCCGACCAUAACGCCCGCGCCAGAUUCCCGUGUUACUACGCAGAGGACAACACGGACGUUGUCGUGUCUCGUUUCGAUCUCGAGACGACCUAUAAAGAGUUCUUAAUCGCCCUAUUGCUGCCGAGUAUCCUGUUUGUCGUCAGCUGCGUGACUCUGAUCUUCUGUCAGAGGACAGUCGUCGUCGGGGACGACGCUAAAAUGAGGUUCAAGGGCAAGCCCGGCACGCUGGUCUCGAUAGAGAGGAGCGCGUCGGGCAAUUUAGGGGAUGGGCGGAGGAGAUUCUGUUAUGGCGCUCUGAGAUCCGUCACGCAUUCCCCUCCUGGAGGAGUCCGGCUCGUCAGUCGAUAUUCUCCCUGCGCGGGCAUUAUUGAGGUGUGGGGAGGGGGGGAACGCGUGAUCAAAAAAUUCUCAUCUUGCAAUUUAAUAAAACAAACAAGCCACACGUGCACAUUCCUGCAAAAGUAUCUGAGCGAAAAGAACGGAGGAGCGGUUAAAGAACAAAAAAAAAAAAAAUACCAAGAAGAAUUUAUCUACUCGCACUGCCUGCACCAAAUAUUUGGAAGAACGCACAUGCAUGCUUAUGUGACAUGAAGAGGCGACAUCACGACAUCGAAUGUACAA